GUUCAAAGAGCCACGAUCGCCCAGCAGUCGAAGCUUAUCAUUCGCACGCAGCAGAAGCCCUAAGGGCUAUAGCGGGGAGGACAGCUCAGAAGACUCCCAGGAGAGGCGCCAUAUAAUCUUGGAGAUGAUCUCAGUGGUCUCAGCGAAGUGCCGUGUUUGGUUUGAAAGCAACACUUUCCAGUGUGCUACCUUCGUGGUUUUGUUCAUGGCUCUGUAUCUGCCAGACAUCUACGUGAUCACAGAUUCCGACUACUUGAGCUUAGAUGUCCUCCUCACGCUCAUUUUCAUAUUCUUCUCAACAGACUGCGCCAUUCAGGUGAUCGGGUUUGGAAAGGCUUACAUUUGCUCCUUUUUCUUCAUCAUGGACGUGAUUGGUACAUUGUCUCUGCUUGUGGAAUUCUCGGCUGUGAAGACACAGAUGCAAGCGAAUAACUUGACUCAGAGCUCCGUGGUGAUGCGUGCUACAAGAGCUGCCAAAAUUGGUGCACGCGCAGGGCGAUUGACACGGCUGGUGAAACUGAUGAGAUUCCUCCCGUUCCUCCGGAAGCGCAAGCAAGUCGCUGAGGAGAGCACGGCCAAGGUCAUCAGCUCGAGGCUUAUCUCCAGGGUUUCCUCCGUGGUGGCAUGCCUCAUCAUUUUCUCAGUCCAGGUGCUUCCUUUACCGGGGACCCUGUCAAUGCCUGCGCAGGACUUUUCCAUUCAGAUGUGGACCGAGCACCUUAGAAGAUCGCUGGAGGAUGGGGACGAUGCUGUGGCUGUGAACGAUUUGGUGUCUGAAUUUCGAGCAUUCUACCAUGCCAAAACUUCAUACCAGCCAUACUCCUUCAUGAACGGCACCCAGGUUCUUUGGCAACGGCGUGGUCCAGCUUUGGCAGAUCGAAGCAUGAGGAUCCAAUAUGGGAAUGCCAUCGUGCAUUUCGAUUUCAGCCAUCAAGUGCACCUGGAAGCUGGCAUGAACAUGAUUGUGAUUACUUUGACAAUCUUCUUGAUGGUGACUUUCUCACUUUUGAUCUCCAGAGCCGUGUCGAAGCAUGCGCUAACACCUUUGGAAAUUCUGCUGCUGAAAGUCAGGAAGAUCGGGCGACUGAUCUGGCUGCAGGUAGAGUCGCUUCAAUCCCACUUCAGCCAUGGAAACACCAAGAGCGCAAACAAUGAAUUUGCCAAUGAGGAUGAGACAGUGCUAUUGCGGGAUGUCUUGAGCAAGAUCGGCGUGCUCAGCGCCAUUAGGCUGAUGCGACCAGAUGAGGAUGCUCAAGCACUCGCUUUCCUGGGUACUGGUGCAGUUGUGCUGAAGCAUGAGGAGGAGGAGGAAAACGUCAAUAGGGAAGCGCUGGCUGUGCGAUUGCAGACCGUGAUCCAAUUUGACCUGGAGAAUUUAGAGGUCGAAAACAUCACGACGUGGAGGUUCAAUCCAAUCGAUUUUGAAGACCCAAGUACUGCACCUUUCGUUUGUGCCAAGUUGCUCACUACCUGCGUUCCACUUCCACUGAAACAUGGUGGUGUCUCUGAGAUAGAGAUUUCGGCCUUCGCUGAGACAGUUCAAGCGGGCUACUCCAAGUCCAUACCGUACCACAACUUCAAUCAUGCUGUGGAUACGAUGCACUCUGUGUAUGUGAUCCUCCAAGAAUGCCGACCGCUUUUCUCUGCGAUUGAAACGUAUACACUGUUGAUGUGUGCAGCUGCCCAUGAUAUUGGACAUCCUGGGUUUAGCAAUGAGUUCCUGGUACAGACGCAGCAUGAACUGGCGCUGAGAUAUAAUGACUCUGCGCCCUUGGAAAACAUGCAUUCUGCCAGGCUCUUUGAGAUUUUGUUGGAUCCCUCCACGAACAUCAUUGGUCGACUGGAAGAAUCUACUCGCAAGGACAUCCGAAAGAUGUCCAUCGAGGCCAUUCUGCACACAGACAACAGUUUCCACUUCAAUGAAGUGAAAGCUCUGCAGAUGAUCCACGAAGUUCACGACGAGGACUUCCGGCAAACAUGUGCCAGAUUCAUCCCGGGCGACGAUGAAAACGAUUGGCCGGGUGAGGAUAUCAUUGCUAUUUUCGGAGAGAAGGACACCCGUGACACCAUCAGGAAUGUCCUUCUCCACUAUGCGGACAUUUCAAACUCCAUGAAGCCUUUCUCUAUAGCCCGAGUCUGGGCUGACUUGGUGCUAGAAGAGUUUUUCGUUCAAGGAGACAAGUUGAAAGAAUUGGGUCUUCCAGUCCCAGCUCUGAAUGACCGGGCGAAGACGCAGCGUCCAACUUCGCAGAUUGGUUUCAUUGAGUUCAUUGUAUCACCUUUGGUCUUCACAAUUG